AUGGACACAUCAGUUCCAGUUUUUGAGAAAACUCAUCCUCGUUUAACAGUUUUAGAUUGGACUAGGAAUAUUCAAAAGUUACAAAAUGAGGCAAGACACCGGAGGUUCGAGUCGUACGAAUUACGACAAAGAGCUAAUCAAUUGCGCAAUGAAACAUGUAUUACUACGAGAUGGGAUACUUACGUUAAUGAUGAACUAUUAAGAGACAGAAUCUUCGAGGUACAAUCAUGGCGUGAAAAGCAAAGAUUCACACGGGAUUGCGUGCGAGAUGAGAUCAGAGCUUUAAAGGAGGAGAAGCAUGCAACAGAGUUACACUUAGAGUCACUCCAGGUGCCGCUCAUGAUAGUUUCACAGUGCCUGUCUAACAGGGACCAGAGAGUUCCCCCUGAGCUCACUAGAGAUCAGCUAGAAGAAGAAUUGAAGAAGGAGCUUCACAUAAUUGAGAAUAGCAAACGAGUCCUGAAAGAUGUAUGCAACAUGGGCUGGGAGAAGAUUAAAGAUCUAACCAACGUGCUCUGUAGACUGGAGAGGGAGAUCCGAAACAAGGACGAGACGCUAGAUUUGGAGUAUCACGUCAAAGACUUGACUAGAGACAGCUCCGAUAUUUCAUUUAAGCUUGAUCCUACCAGGAUACCUCCUCAGUAA